ACGCUCGCCAUGUCGCCGCUGCCUCCGCCCCUGCCGCCCAUGGUGGCGCUGCUGGCGCUGCUGGGGGCCGCCCCGCUUGCCGCCGCCGAGGUGAGCGAGGCCGUAUGGCACCGGGCGCUGGUCUCGCAGGCGCAGCUCGACGCCGCCGCCACGUCUGAAAGGUUCCAGGUGGCUGAUGAGAUCCUGUGCGCCGCCCUGGCCAACGCCGCCCCCUGGUGUCACCUGCUGACCCACGAGGGCACCACCUGUGUCCUGUACGACGUGGUGGUGGACAGUCUGGACGCCGCCGCCGCCGACGCCGCCACGCCCUGCAGGACCCGCCACCGCAACGUGUGUUUCGUGGAGGGCGCACCGGUGUCCCAUGGGACCACGCUGGAGCAAGACUGCUUCCCCGCCUUCUGCUGGAAUCGUGCCAUCGUUCCCGACCACGCAGGCACAGUGGCAUCAACCUGUGACGCCCCGUUUUCGCAAACCAGCGCAGGAUGUGUCCACCUGUACAAACAGCCAACAGACUGGUGUAAAGCGCGUCAGUACUGCGUCAGUCUCCAGGCAGACCUCGUCGUCGUCUCGUCUGAAGGCUUCGCAGCACUGCAAGAGCAUCUCGACGCCGAGAACCCUGAGGAGGGUGUGUGGGUGGGCGUGAGGAGGAGGAAGUGGCUGGACGGUCGCGUAGUGUCUCAAGAAGAAUGGCACUCUUCUGAACCAAACGGGAACACUGAAGACUGUGCUCGGAUGCAAAAAUAUUCGAGAGACCAGUAUCUAUUAUACGACAGACAAUGCACUGUCGACUCAUACUUUGCCCUGUGUAUGAGGCAAUGAGGCAACCGCUGCUCUGAUCACCGGCAUGGAAAACGCGAAGAAUUGAGCAAAGCGGAGUGUUGCACCUCUUGGUCCGAAUCACCGGCACUGCAUUCUGAAACACUCGGCGCUUAUCUCGACUCCUUUUCGAAGCCUCGAGUGGAUAAUAUUCGAAUUUUCAAGGAUGUUUUCGUGAUUUAGCUGAUAGUUUAAUGAGUGUUCUGCAAUGUAAUGGUUUUCCGGAAAGUUUUCGUGAUUCAGUGACAGUUUAACGAGUCUUAUCCCGUAUCGUAAUGGUUUUCAUGUGUUUUCAUAAUUCAGGUGAUAGUUGAACAAGCAGAAUGUAUCAGAUUGAGAUGUUCAUUGAUGCUUUCACGAUUCGUCAAAAGUUUAGCAUGUGUUCUGCAUCAUUAGGAUUUUCAAGGUUGUUUUCAUGAUUCUGUUGAUGGUAUUGAGGUUUUCACAGAUGCUUUCAUGAUUCUUACAAUAAUUUGACAAGUACUCUAUAUCUCAUGGCCAUUUCAAGAGUGUUUUCAUGAUUCUGGUGACAGUCGAGCGAGGAUUCUGCAUCAGCAACCUAAGGAGCACUCAUAGGAACAGGGCCGAUCAUCUGUGGGCUUUGACAAUCCUUACGAGAGACAGCAGCGUUUCAAACUGGCAAGGAUCGAUGUCAGCGUGAACACCCAAGAGCGAGACACAGGUGGUCUAUUUGUCUUGUGAACCCCUUGUGAUCGUGAUGUUGUGGCGCCAUAAACCAAAUCUAUCUUGUGAACACCAUGACCCCUCGCGUGCCUCAGUGACGUGCAGAAUGCUUCCUCGCGCUCAUUGCUCUCAAAGUACCAUAUCAACCCCAAUAUUGUACUGUUUUGUAAAGGAUCCACUCACGCACUGCUGCAGCUUGUAACGCUAAGAAAAGACUGUUCGAAUUAUAAGAAAAGUAUAGGAACAUGAGGAUAAAGGGGGGAAAAAAGAGGUUUAAAGCUGCAAAAAGCCACUAGGUCUUCACGUAGAAAACACACUUUUUCGGUAGAUAUAUAAUUUUUAUAUCAAUAUUCUUCUUCUUCAUUUUGAUUUAAUUAUCUAUAACCAUAAAUUAAAAAAUUUUUCGGAAAUUUUUUUCAAUUUUUCACACUUCAAAAUUUCAAUUUUUUUAACACAGGUCCGGACCUGUAAAAAAAAUAAAAAUAAAUAAAUAAAAUAAAAUAAAAUUUUAAAAAGUAUAAAAAAAGUGACUUUUCUACAU